CCUUCCCGGGUUUUUCCCCUCCCUUCCCCUCAGUCGCUUCAGCCACGAAGAAGGCCAGGCAACAAUACCAGUUGAGACUUGCUCGGGUUAGUUCGAGACCACAUCGACUCAGGGGGGGUUGGGGGUGGGAGAGAGUUUGAAAGGGAAAAAAAAAAGAACGAGAAGGAGGAAGAAGCGGCAGUCCUGUGCUCUAAGGUUGCCAAGCCGUGUCCUGUGACAGGAAGCAAGGCGAAAAAGCUGAAAAAAAAAACUUGGAGGGAGUCCUGGGCAAAGAUUGCUAGGAGCGGGAGAAGACUCGGCAAAGCCAGGCAGUCUAGGGUGUUGUUUUUUUCUCCCUCCGCUUCCGAUAGUGCUAAUGACUGAAGUACAACUUGAGGGGGAAGAGCUAAAGCCUGUCAGAGUCACCAGCAAAAAGGAAAAAAGUGCCUUAACCCAUUCAGAGAGUGAAAAUGGAACAGAAGAAAGGAGGAAAUCUGGAAAACCAUCUCCUGGAUUGUCACAGAUGUCAUCUACUGAUGUGGAGUAUGCUGAAGACCAGAAGAAAGUUGUAGCUUCAUGGUCAAAGACAAUUGUGGCUAAUACUCUCUUGGCGACAGAUGGCAAGAAUAACUCAAAGUCUGAAAGGAAGAAGCAUGUCUCCAAUCAGUUUAAGGCAAAUGCACACUUUCACAAGCUGUUUCUGGAUGUCCCAAUUGAUGAACCUUUGAGACAGAAUUUCACUUGCGCGUUACAGAAAGAAAUCUUGUACCAAGGCAAGCUCUUCAUUUCAGAAAACUGGAUUUGCUUCUUUUCUAAGGUCUUUGGCAAGGACAUUAAGAUUAGUAUCCCUGUGCAUUCUGUGACACUAAUAAAGAAAACAAGAACAGCCCUUCUAGUGCCAAAUGCUUUGGUUAUAACAACUACCUCUGAUAGGUACAUAUUCGUCUCAUUUCUGUCCAGGGACACAGCUCACAAACUUUUAAAAUCUGUUUGUAGACAUCUAGAGAAUGUGAGUGUUGGCAGCAGUCCUAAUCCUUCCUCUCCUGAAAACAAUGUCAGAGCUGAUCAUUCUCCAACUUUGACUUUGGAUUUCAGUGCAGAUUUUUCCGAACUGGAUGGCAUCAUCCACCAACACAGGCAGGAGAUGGAAGAAUCCAGCAGCACUGGUUCUCAGACUUCAGAACUGGAACGCUUCCAAGAUUACCAUAUAGGUGAGACUGAAGCACAUCUAAAACCUUCCAAGGUGGAGACAAAGCCCCUCCAUACAGAUGGACAGUCUAAAUACUUAUGUGAUGAUAAAGUCAGGAACGUUUCAAGAAAUGUUCCUCCCAACUUCACUAGAUUCUUCUACAGACUGGAUUACCAGAGGUUUUUUACUGUGAACCACAUACUUAUUCUCUAUGCAAUUCUUGUUUGCAUGCUCAUUUUCUCCACAUUCUACAUGAGAUACAAGAUAUACAUUCUGGAAGAGCAACUUGGGUCCAUGGCUUCACAAAUAAAUGAACAUCCAGUACAAGAAUGUUUAGGAUCCUCCCUGCAUCUUAAUGUUGACGGUUUCUGUGAGGAGCUAACAGCUAAUUUGGUAAAACUAGAAAAGAUACAGCGCAACUUACAAAAGCUACUUGAAGACAGGGAAUGAACUGAAGACUUCAUUCAUACCUCAUUUCCUACUUGAGAAGGCAACUUAAAAAGCUGGUUCUGCAGGCCAGGGUGCCUAUUACCUUUAACUCAAUCAAAAGCUACAAUCUUUUGCAGCUCCUAUAGUUGGCAGUUGUGAAAGUACAUAUCUGUGCAAUAAAGUGCAUCUAUUCAGAUGAUGAUGCCUUAAAGCUAUCUAUAAUGGCAUGUGAAUAAUUGGGAAGACAGAUCUUGACACUUUAUUACAUUGUUCAGAUCCACAGUAAUUCUAUUUUAUUUUUAUGUGUGACUUUCAGAUUUUAAUUUAAGUAGAUAAGUGUAGUCCUUAGCCUUGGAAGUGCAAUAUAUGGUACCACUGAUCUCUAAAGCUUUGUGUUGUCUUCAUGCUUAUAUCUGAAUACACACUCUAGUUUAUUUUAUCUUUUUUCUUAUCCAGACAUAGGAGCUGGACAUGUAUGCUGGGCACAAGUCCCACAUGUGCUCAUUUGGACCCUUGAGUUGUCCUCUGCCAGGUGCUCUGUUUCUCAUAUUCUUGCUUGGUAGGAGAUGGCAUAUUUUAUAAAGAGUUGCCAAACUGGUCUAUUCUGUGUGCUAAAGAAAUGUAUCAGUUGAAGCUUUUCCUGGAAAAGGCCAGAAUCCUUUCAGUGUUUGCAUAAGGUUUGAGUAGCUUGCCGCAGCAAAUUGAGGCUAACUGACAAGGUGCAAGGGUGUAACUGAGUGCAUGACACAACCAAGUCGCACCCCAGUGCCUUGUGCCUUAGCUACAGCUAGCCAGAGCAACUUAGGUAAAUCUUUCACAAACACCAAUAAGAUUCUGGCCAACUGAUUUUUUUAUUUUAUUUUAUUUUUGCGUAAGUAGUAAUUGUUACUGUAUUUCCAUCUCAGGAAGCUGUCAAAGGCAUAUCCCAAGAUCUAAUUAAAAUUAGAUGAUCAUCAUCCCAUUGAACUGAAUUCAGAUCAAAUUGAUGACAUAUGGCUCCCACUGAAAUGAGUUUCCAUAGGUAUAGCUGGGAAAAUAUUUUGCAACAAUAAAGUUUUAAGACAUCUUGAAGGGAAGUAAAUUUAUAAUACCUGUGCAAGUUAGUUAAGACAAACUUUUUAUAUUGAGUUCAGUGGGACCAAAGAAAUUAAAUUGUCUAGACUCAAUGCAUCACAUUUACUGGGACUGAAAUACCAGAUCUGUUUACCCAUGAAGUAUCCUGCAGAUAUAGAAGUGACGUACAUAAUGGUGAUUAGUUUAUGCAACAAGGCCUCUCAUACCUAUCACCAGUAUUUAUGAAAAUACACUCCAAUUUCUCCAGAAAGGGGCAUAAACUGUUAAUAAUGUUCCAUAAUUUUAAACAAAACAGCAUAACCUUCUGCACAGUUGUUCACCAGAUGGGUCUUUAUAGAAGUCUAGAGCAGAGGUUCAAUCCAUUUAAGCUGGUAUACACUUUAAAUAAGACAGGAGUAGGCACAUGGCUGCAAAGCAGUCAAACUUCGCAGGCUAGUUAAAUUAGUUUAAACCAGUUUAUUCCAAAAUGAUUUAUUUAAAGUCCUUAUCUUUUCCAGUAUUAAGCACAUAUCUUACACAUCUUUGGGUUGCAACCCUGCCAUAGUUUCCUUGGGAUUUUAAAUGGUUGCUUCUAUUCAACAUGCUAGGAGAGUGGCUAAUUGAUGAAGGCAAAUUCUCAGAAGCAGUGACAUAAUGGGUAUCAGUAACUCAGGGCAUGUCCAGAUUGGUCCUUCUGGUGCAGGCUGCUGCACUCCAAAUUGGGUAUGUUGAAGGGGGGGCGGUACAGGUGAUACUGUGACCCUGGCAUCCAAAUGGCAUAAAAAGGGAGAGGCAAUCUAUGUGUAGCCAUGCAAGGGGAGGGAAAGCAGCCAAUCAAAAGCAGAGAGACACCUGUCUGCCCUUUACAGUCCUGUUUGGCUACACUGAGUUUGGAGAGAAGGAGGGAGAGGGAGCAGAGAGAAAGGAGCAAGACAUGCAGAGAAGGGAUGUGUGCAAUCUCCCCCUGCCCACCUCCACCCCCAAGCUCACAUAUGGAAACAAAAGAAAUGGAUCCUCAGUUUUUGCACUUUAUAUUGAAUUCACAUGCACACACAAAGAGAUAGGGAUUGCUUGGAGGGUGUAAAACAGAUUAAAAAGGAAAGGGAGGGUGUGCGUGUGAACAAGAUACCUCCCCAACAGGAUCUCUGUAUCCAUUUAAAAUUUGAGACUCUCAAUUCUGUGCUGCAGGUCCACAUACACCUCUCUAUUUGCACCUUCCAACCACCUUGCCUUUUCUGCCUCUCUUUUGCACGCAACAAAUGCCCCACAAAAAAGAGGAGAGAGAGAGAGAAAGGGGGGAAAUAUGUAUCUUCCUUUGCUGACGUAAGUGUUGAUAUCCUGAAGCAGCUUGUUUGUUAAGCACUUCACAAUACAGUGGUGCCUCGCAAGACGAAUUUAAUUCGUUCAGCUGUUAAUGUCUUACGAAAAAUUCGUCUUCUGAAAUGCAUUUUCCCAUAGGAAUGCAUUGAAAUCUAAUU